AUGGCACGCCCUUCGCGCUCCGCGAUGUACGCCGACGAUGCCACCUUUCUUUGGAAAGCCAUACUGCGCUUCCUUGCCAUUCUCCUUGCCAUCAUUGGUAUAGCCACCACGGCAUGGGCCAUGAUAUCGCACAUUCAAGGCCCCACUACCGACACAAACUCUUCUUAUGCCAAUGGCUACGAAGACGACUAUUUCCCCAGCGAAGCUGUCUACUUACCUUGGCAGUACAUCACGCUUGGACUCUCCAUUCUUUGGAACAUAGCCAACAUUUGUACACUGCUCGUGCGUAAUCGCGCAAUCCACCCCGGCGCCAACGUAGCGUGCGACCUACUACUGUGGCUGGGGUUGUUGUUUACGGGCGCAUUUGCGACUAUUGGCGCCACAUCAUAUAGUUUCUAUACUGCGGGCGAUGAUGAUAGCUAUGAGGAUGGCUUGGGGUAUGGAGGUGGGACGUAUAGUAACGGGACGCAAUUCGACUACACGGCGAAUGGGACCACUGUUCCUGCGACGAAUCAAAAUCAAUGUGGGGGGUUCACAACUUGUGCUGCGAGGGAUCAGUAUGCUAGCGCAAUACGGCAUAAAGGAGUGGUGGUCGCAGUGGGCGCUUCGAUGGCUUUUGUCGUUUUACUCUUUCAUUUCGCUCUCUUCAUCUCCGCUUGCCGCUACACCAACAACCGCCGCCAAUCCGUGACCAGCAGACAAGCUAGAGCCAUCACGGCCGAAGCAACAGAAAUCGCACGUAAAAUGAUCGCUGACAUGACCGGUCCGAAUGGCGGUUUCAUCCCAAUAAACCAAGCUCAGCGGGGAGGUAGUUAUCAACCGUUACAGCAGAACGAGGCAGGAGAGGCCAUGGAGAUGAGGCAGCGGCAAAGCAGGACUCAGCCAGGAUACGAUUAUCAGCCUGUUCAGCAAGGAGAGGUGGAAGAUGGUCACGGAGAGCAGCUGUCGCGCGAGGAUGGUAUGAGCAGACGGUAUGAGCAAACGGCUCCGAUGCCGCCAGCAGCGGAGGCUUCGUCAAUGGCCGUGAGAAGAGGCACACAGAGGGCAUUUAGUGGGCCGAACGGAGAGACGCAUCCGGCUCUGAGGGAUGAUCCAGAUAUGAUCUCGCACGCAAUAUAA